AAAAACUACUUGCAAAUGUUUCAACUAAUGAAGGAACAGAGGAAAGAAAAGUACAGACACUAGUGAAAAUGGAAGGUGCAGGUGAUAGAGUCAGUAGUGAACGUAUAAGCAGUUUUAGCAUAUGGAGAAAUAGUACCAUGGAAGCUUUCUCCAAGUCGUCUCGUCAUGAAGAAGAUGAUGAAGAAGCUCUCAAAUGGGCUGCUUUGGAGAAAUUGCCUACGUAUUUACGUGUAAGGAGAGGUAUACUCACCGGACAAGAAGGCCAAUCUAGAGAAAUUGACGUAAAGAAACUCGGAUUCAUAGAGAAAAGGAACAUUCUUGAAAGACUGGUAAAGAUUGCAGAGGAAGAUAAUGAGAAUUUCUUGUUGAAGCUCAAGGAACGCAUUGAUAAAGUUGGACUUGACAUGCCAACAAUUGAAGUCCGGUUCGAGCAUUUACGCAUUGAAGCAGAAGCAUAUGUUGGAAGCAGAGCUUUGCCUACCAUGUUCAACUUCUCUGUUAAUUUGUUUGAGGGAUUCUUGAAUUAUCUUCAUAUUCUUCCAAGUAGAAAGAUAUCAUUACCUAUUCUACAGGAUGUUAGUGGAAUCAUCAAGCCUCGAAGAAUGACCCUACUGUUAGGCCCUCCAAGCUCAGGAAAGACAACAUUGCUUUUGGCUUUAGCUGGAAAACUCAGUAAAGAUCUAAAGUUUUCAGGAAGGGUGACCUAUAAUGGACAUGGGAUGGAAGAAUUUGUACCGCAGAGAACUUCAGCUUAUAUUAGUCAAUAUGAUCUCCAUAUAGGAGAAAUGACUGUAAGAGAGACUCUUUCUUUCUCUGCAAGAUGUCAAGGGGUUGGAACGCGCUAUGAGAUGUUGGCAGAAUUAGCAAGAAGGGAGAAAGCUGCAAAUAUCAAACCAGAUCCUGAUAUAGAUAUCUACAUGAAGGCAGCUGCUCUAGAGGGGCAAGACAGAAAUUUAGUUACGGACUACAUUCUCAAGAUUUUAGGACUUGAAGUGUGCGCUGAUACAAUGGUGGGUGAUGAAAUGGUACGAGGCAUAUCUGGAGGACAAAAGAAACGAGUCACAACAGGGGAAAUGCUGGUUGGACCAGCAAGAGCACUCUUCAUGGAUGAGAUAUCAACUGGUUUGGAUAGUUCAACGACUUUUCAGAUUGUGAACUCACUAAGACAAUCCAUUCACAUUCUCAAUGGAACUGCCCUUAUCUCUCUUCUCCAACCAGCACCAGAAACUUACGAUCUUUUUGAUGACAUAAUUCUUCUGUCCGAUGGACAAGUAGUUUAUCAAGGUCCGCGUGAAAAUGUGCUUGAGUUCUUUGAAUACAUGGGCUUCAAAUGUCCUGAGAGGAAGGGAGUUGCUGACUUCUUACAAGAAGUAACAUCAAGGAAAGAUCAAGAGCAGUACUGGGCACAUAAAGAUGAGCCUUACAGUUUUGUUCCAGCAAAUGAAUUUGCUGAAGCAUUUCAGUCAUUUCACAUUGGACGAAAACUAGGUGAUGAACUUGCUACACCGUUUGACAAGUCCAAGUCACACCCAGCUUCUCUAACAACUAAGAAGUAUGGUGUCAGCAAGAAGGAACUCCUGAAAGCUUGCAUUUCAAGAGAAUUCUUGCUCAUGAAGAGGAAUUCCUUUGCCUACAUUUUCAAAAUGCUCCAACUUAUUCUAAUGGCUUCCGUAACAAUGACAAUAUUUGUAAGAACGGAGAUGCAUAGAAACACAGUAGAAGAUGGUCAGGUUUAUUUUGGUGCCCUUUUCUUUGCAGUCAUGACUAUUUUUUUCAAUGGACUCUCGGAGAUUCCAAUGACAGUCAUUAAACUUCCGGUCUUCUACAAGCAAAGAGACCUACUCUUUUAUCCUUCAUGGUCAUAUGCUUUGCCUACAUGGAUUCUCAAGAUUCCAAUCUCAUUUUUAGAAGUUGCUAUAUGGGUGAUCUUGACAUAUUAUGUUAUAGGCUUUGAUCCAAAUAUUGAAAGGUUUUUCAAGCAGUACCUGAUACUCCUACUCACAAACCAGAUGGCGUCCUCACUGUUUCGACUGGUAGCAGCCUUAGGAAGAAAUAUGAUAUUAGCUAACACAUUAGCAAUAUUUUCAUUACUUGCAGUACUAGUUCUGGGUGGAUUUGUCCUAUCAAGAGAUGAUGUGAAGAAAUUGUGGAUAUGGGGUUACUGGUUUUCACCCCUGAUGUAUGCUCAGAAUGGUAUUUCUGUGAAUGAAUUUCUUGGAAAGAGAUGGAAUCAUUUUCCUCCUAAUUCAACUGAGGCAUUAGGAGUUACUUUUUUGAAGUCACAUGGACUUUUCCCUGAAGCAUAUUGGUAUUGGAUUGCUGCUGGAGGUUUAACAGGAUAUGUCUUCCUAUUCAAUUUCCUUUUCACUUUGGCCCUGAAGUAUCUUGACCCAUUUAAGAAGCCUCAAGCAAUACUUUCAGAAGAGGCCUUUGCUGAGAAAAAUGCUAACAGAACUGGAGAGUUUGGGAUUGAACUUUCAGCAAGAAGGAAGAACCCUUUGGGAAGAUGGAAUUCAAGCCACAGAAGUUCCUCAUUCAGGAUGCCAUCUGCGAGAGUGGGCAGCUCUAGUGGUGCUGACAAGGACAGGAAGCGGGGAAUGGUUCUCCCAUUUCAACCCCUGUCUAUCACUUUUGACGAAAUUAGAUAUGCUGUAGACAUGCCACGGGAAAUGAAAGCUCAAGGUAUCACUGAGGAUCGUCUAGAACUUUUGAAGGGUGUCAGUGGAGCUUUCAGGCCAGGAGUCCUAACAGCUCUAAUGGGUGCCAGUGGUGCUGGCAAGACCACUCUAAUGGAUGUCUUGGCUGGAAGAAAAACCGGCGGUUACAUUGAAGGAAACAUCACAAUAUCUGGAUAUCCGAAGAAGCAAGAAACUUUUGCUCGCAUAUCAGGAUACUGUGAGCAAACCGAUAUCCACUCCCCUCAUGUUACAGUCUACGAGUCGGUGAUUUAUUCUGCUUGGCUUCGAUUACCUACCGAGGUUAAUUCCAAUACAAGAAAGAUGUACGUUGAAGAAGUCAUGGAGCUUGUAGAACUGACCUCUUUAAAAGAAGCACUUGUUGGAUUGCCUGGUGUAAGUGGACUUUCAAUUGAGCAACGCAAGAGGCUGACAAUUGCAGUUGAGCUUGUUUCUAAUCCAUCAAUAAUUUUCAUGGAUGAGCCAACCUCUGGCCUUGAUGCCAGAGCAGCAGCCAUAGUUAUGAGAACAGUGAGGAAUACUGUGGACACUGGACGAACAGUUGUAUGUACGAUACACCAGCCAAGCAUUGACAUUUUUGAUGCUUUUGAUGAGUUGAUUUUGCUGAGAAGAGGAGGCCAAGAAAUUUAUGUGGGUCCAGUUGGACGACAAGCUUGCCACCUGAUCAGAUAUUUUGAGGAAAUUGAGGGAGUUCCUAAGAUUAAGGAUGGCUAUAAUCCUGCAACUUGGAUGUUGGAAGUUACUACAGCAGCACAAGAAGAAGCUCUUGGAGUUAACUUCACUGAUAUCUACAAGAACUCAGAAUUAUACAGAAGAAACAAAGCUUUGAUCAACGAACUAAGCAAACCUCCGCCGGGGUCAAAAGAUCUAUGCUUCCCAACCCAAUACUCACAGCCCUUCUUAACCCAGUGUAUGGCUUGCCUUUGGAAGCAGCAUUGGUCAUUAUGGCGAAACCCACCAUACUCUGCAGUGAGACUCUUAUUCACGACAUUUAUAGCUUUGAUGAUGGGAACCAUUUUUUGGGAUAUAGGCUCCAAAAGAAGUAGGCAACAAGAUAUCCUUAACGCAAUGGGUUCCAUGUAUAUUGCUGUUCUAUUCUUAGGAUUUCUGAAUGCUUCAUCAGUGCAGCCAGUCGCAGCAAUUGAGAGAACGGUAUUUUAUAGAGAAAGAGCAGCUGGAAUGUAUUCUGCGUUGCCAUACGCCUUUGGACAAGUUGUGAUUGAACUUCCCCACAUUUUAGUUCAAACAAUAAUAUAUGGAGUAAUAGUGUAUGCCAUGAUUGGAUUUGAAUGGACAGCCAACAAGUUUUUCUGGUAUAUUUUCUACAUGUACUUCACUUUCUUAUACUUCACUCUCUAUGGGAUGAUGGUUGUGGCUACUACUCCCAACCACAGCAUUGCUGCCAUAGUUUCAACUGCAUUCUACGCAAUAUGGAAUCUUUUCUCCGGAUUUGUUGUUCCUCGAACGAGAAUUCCUGUGUGGUGGAGAUGGUACUACUGGUGUUGCCCAAUUGCUUGGACAUUGUAUGGAUUAAUUGCUUCGCAGUACGGAGAUGUAAAGGAGACAUUAGACACUGGUGAGACGGUGGAACAUUUCUUAAGGAGUUAUUUUGGGUUUCGUCAUGAUUUUAUUGGAAUCGUCGCAAUAGUACUUGUUGGGAUCACAACACUCUUUGGAUUCAUCUUUGCCUUCUCGAUCAAAAUAUUCAACUUCCAGAAAAGAUAAAGACUCGAUUAAAGAAUAACCAUAAUAUAUGUAAUUUUUUGUAUAUCUCAUAAUUUAUAGAAGAAAGAUAAUAUAAAUAGAACAAUGUAAUAACUUGACUUCUAAUUUUAUAAAUACA